AUGUCUCGUCGGAGGCCAUCUAAUUGCCCACUUUCAUGGGAAGUAGUAUUUCUUGUUGCUGACCACCUUGACCCAAAAACCCUAGCCAUGGCUUCAUGUGUUUGCAAGUCGUGGUCCAUUACCAUGUCUUCAGAAUACCUUUGGAAACAAAUAUGCACCACCCAUUUCCCCUCCAUCUCCAACCUCCGAGCAGUAGACCCCGCCGUGCCCUACCGCCGCCUCUACGCUAUCGGCUACGAAUCCGUCAAACGCAGGCUCCGGGAGCCUCUAAAGCCCCGCCUUUCCCUCGCCGACAUCAUAUUCACCAUCGACAUAGUCCACCUCGGCACUUCUCGAGUUGUCACCAUUGUCAAGCCCGGUGGCGAACUCGAUAUCGUUCCGUACGGAUUGUUUAGGUUUUAUAUUGAGCUUGAGGAUGAUGAUGAUGAUCAUAUGGUGGUGUUUGAUGCGUUAGAGGAUGACCUGAAGUUCACAUGGAAUGUGGUUUUGGGAGGAUUUAAAGGAGUAUUUACGGUGAUGGACGUGUGUAAGGGGAAGGGAUGCUUUAAGGGGACGGAAGGGUGGUUCUUGGUGGACGUUCCGUCAUGUUUUUCUGGUGUGACCACACAUACUGAGUUUAAGGCAGAAAUUAAAUUAGGGUUAAGAAGUAGUAAUUGGGGUCAUGAAAAGAUGGUGAUAGAGAAGUUGAGUGUGGGUGCUUUGAGUGUCAUGGGUUGGAGAUAUGCAAGCAUGGAUGAUGUUCUUAGAUACUUGCAACAUUUUCUUUUUUGCUUACCGUAUAUAACAGUGUGGAAACCAAGUAGUGUAGUAACUUUAUUUUGUUUUAAAUACUGUAAUUUUAAUUUGUCCCUCGUGUUUAUAUGCCCUCUCCCUUUUAUUUUAUUUUUAUUUUAUCUUGUGCAAGAAACUUACACAACUAAUUAA